AUGGAGGGUAACAGAAGCACGCAGGUAAGUUCGGAUGUCGGGGUCUCGUCCUCUGAACAUCCGCACAGGGCAGCUCUGAUACUGGCGCGCGGCGGCAGCAAAGGAAUCCCGCUGAAGAACAUCAAGAAUCUGGCCGGUGUUCCACUCAUCGGAUGGGUUCUGAGAGCUGCCUUGGAUUCAGAAGCACUUGACAGCGUGUGGGUGUCCACCGAUCACGAUGAGAUUGAGCGGGUCGCUCAUAUCUGGGGUGCAAAAAUUCACCGACGCAGUCUUGAAGUUUCCAAAGAUUCCUCCAGCUCUCUGGAGACCAUCCAGGAGUUCAUCCGACUGAGACCUGAGGUGGACAUUGUCUGUCAUAUCCAGGCUACAUCUCCAUGCUUGCACCCUUAUCACAUCAGAGAAGCCCUACAGAUGAUCACGGAACAUGGUUAUGACUAUGUGUUUUCAGUGGUGCGCAGACACCUGUUUCGCUGGGAGGAGGGGAACAAGGAAGAGGGUAAGAAUACCACCCCUCUGAACAUUGAUCCAGCAUGCAGACCUCGACGCCAAGACUGGCCUGGGGAACUCUACGAAAAUGGCUCUUUCUACUUCAGUAAGAGGGAAAUCUUGGAAAAUGGAAUGCAAAAGUUGGGAAAGGCCGGCUACUAUGAAAUGCUGCCUGAACACAGCGUUGAUAUCGAUGUGGAUAUAGACUGGCCUGUCGCUGAGCAGAGAGUUCUGAGGUUUGGUUAUUUUGGUCGAGAGAUUACACCUGAGAUCAGUCUGUUUCUGUGUAAUGUGUCUGGCUGUUUGACAAAUGGUCAGAUAUACACAUCGGUUUCAGGACAGGAGGUUGUUGCCAUCAAUGCUCGAGAUCUCACAGGCAUACAGAUGCUGCGGAGGCAAGAUAUAGAGGUGAUCCUUGUAUCUAAUAUUGAGGACCCAGUACCCAGGGCUCUACUGGAGAAGAUUGCCCAGCAGACUGGCUGUGGCUUCAAGUUUGGGAUGACGCAGAAAGUGCUUGAAGUGGAGCAUCUGAUGAAAAAAAAGAAACUGCGGUGGGAAGAGGUGGCCUUCAUGGGUGCAGAAUCUGAAGAUGUAGAGGUCCUGUCACUGGUGGGACUGAACGCAGUUCCCUGUGAUGCACCUGUGACAAGUCUAAUUGCUGCUAAAUACACCUGUCAAAGGUCAGCAGGUUACGGAGCAGUUCGUGAGUUUGCGGAGUACAUUCUGCAAUUAAAGAAGAAGACAAUGUGCCAGAAGGACCAGGAUCGUAUUGACAGGAAUAAUUUCUAG